AUGAGUGCAGAAAAGCAUGUAACUGUAUCGCAAAUAAUAGUUUUAGCGAAUUUGCUCAAAAAAAGUGCGAGGCCUCAAGACAUUACCCAAACACUAAUGGAACUGGCGAAACGGUUCGUUAGUGACAUAUCAGUACGGUUUAGAAAUGUAGAGGAUAACAAAUUAUUUGCCGUAACGGCCAAAUCUAUUGCAUCGAUUAAUGAAACUGAAUCAGAUAUUAGUGAAAAUAUUUCACAAAGCGAUACAAACAUACAAAAACCUUCUAUAUGGGAUGAAUUCGAUCUUAAAGUUGUAGAUACAGUUAAAAAGCAAAACCCGACCGCAGCUGCAAUCAUAGAAGUAGAUAAAUAUUUCGAUGAGCUUCUUAUUAGCAGGAAAUCCCACGACCCUAUAUUAUGGUGGUACACGAAAAGGCACACAUAUCCACGCCUAUAUGAUGUAGUCAAAAAACACUUUUGUACUCCAGCUACUUCAACUCCUUCCGAAAGUUUUUUUCGAAAGCAGGACAUGUUGUUAAUGACAGGCGCAACCGAUUGGAUGGUAAAAAAGUGCGCCUGA